AUGGAUGAUUACAAUACAGAACCUGAAAAUGUUGUUUUGCAACAGAUUGACGAAGUAUAUAGAAAAACGCGAUGGAUGAAUCAGUUUAGUUCUAUGGCAACUCUACCAAAACAUUUACAAGAUGAGUUAAACAAUAAAAACCAUAUAGAUACGCCCACCCCAGUGUCAGAAAAAUUGUCACAGACGAAUAAUACAUUAUCAAAUAUUGAAACUAGUUUAUCAAGCUCAAAUGAUCCUAUUAUCGAGCAUUCAGUAAUGGAGAGAAGGAGGCAAUUAUUAUUACAGAAACCUAAAUGGCAUGCACCAUGGAAACUUACCAAAAUAAUUAAUGGUCAUCUUGGGUGGGUACGAUGUGUGGCAAUUGACCCUGUGGGGAAUGAAUGGUUUGUCACCGGAAGCAAUGAUACCACGAUAAAGGUAUGGGAUAUGUCUACUGGCAAAUUAAAAAUUACUCUUGCAGGUCAUGCUAUGGGUGUCCGUGGAGUAGCUGUCUCUGAACGUCAUCCAUACAUGUUUUCUGCAAGUGAGGAUAAAUUAGUGAAAUGUUGGGAUCUCGAGAAAAACACAGCAAUUAGAGAUUACUACGGUCAUCAUUCGGGGGUCCACACUGUAUCGAUUCAUCCUACCGUUGAUUUAAUUGCAACUGCUGGUAGAGAUAGCGUCGUUAAAUUAUGGGAUAUUAGAACGAAAGAAGCUGUGACGACUUUGGUUGGACAUAAAGGCCCAAUAAAUAAAGUGGAGUGUCUUCCAGUGGAUCCCCAAAUUAUAAGUGGCUCAACUGAUGCCACAGUGAUUCUAUGGGAUCUAGUGGCAGGUAAAAGCAUGAAAGUCUUAACACAUCAUAAGAGAAAUGUUAGAAGUUUAUCGAUGCACCCAAAGGAAUUUUCAUUUGCGUCUGCCUGUACGGAUGAUAUUAGAUCAUGGAGAUUACCAGAAGGGUCCUUAUUGACAAAUUUUGAAUCUGAGAGCACUGGUAUAAUCAAUACUUUAAGUAUAAACGAGGAUGACGUACUGUUCGCUGGGAGUGAUGAUGGGAAAAUGUCCUUUUAUGAUUACAAGUCUGGACAUCUGUAUCAGUCGAUGGUCACGAAACCUACUAGAGGAUCACUAUCUAGUGAACGUGGAAUACUUACGAGUACGUUUGAUAAGAGUGGGUUUACAUUAAUAACGGGUGAAACUGAUAAGAGUAUCAAAAUAUGGAAACAAUCCAGCACUGCCACACCGAUAGAAGAUCCUGGUUUACCAUGGAACCCAAUGUCAUCAUCACAAAGAUUUUGA